CAGAUCUAUUCUAAUCAAUGUGUUAAUAUUUGUUCAGUGUUUCUUGGAAUUUGUUAAAUGAUAAGCCGUUAGAUAGACUUUCGACUUAAUCUUACGCGAAUAGCCAAUGAAUUUAAAGAAAAUUGUCUUCUGAUGACUUAUUAGAUAAAACACGUGUUUGAAUUAUUUGUUGGCUGACUCAUAAUGUUUGUGUUAGUGUAGCAUGUGUUAAAUACUGGAAAAGAAGAUAGUGUCGUGGCUUAUUUUUGUUUGUGUUUCUGUGGAUUUUUAAUUAAUUAAUGACAUACGAAUACUGAUUUUAGUAAUAUAUGUGAUUGCAUCUGACGUCACGCGCCUGGAAAUAAGAGGAAAUGACGUCAUAGUCAACAUGGCCGUAAAUGCAGCCUAUUUAUUCCGAUUGUAUUAGUAUUGUACACGAUAUACGUAGAAUACUUAAUAGUGCGUGUAGAUGCGAACUACGUACAGUAGAGUGAUUUAAUACGAAUCGUUGUGUUUGCUAGUUGUGGGCUUUAAAUACCAAAUAUUUUUGAUACUUAGGACUAGAGGAUUCAUUGUCACUCCAGUAUUGUACUGACACUCAAACUGCGCUGUGGUUUACCAGUGGAAUUGGAAAUGUUUACAAACUGGCAAUGGAUGUUCGUGCUACUAAUAGGUGUGUCAAGUUGCGCGGCCGAGACAACACUUAUGGCGCGCUACCAAAUGAGCGGCGUCACUGGGGCUAUCACGUUUCGACAACAGACGGCCGGAGAUGACGUCACGGUCGAACUUAACUUGGAGGGCUUGGAAAACGCCGCCUACACUCUUGAGCUCCAUGAGUUCCGCGUAAAUUUUGACACACCCGACCGAUGUGGUAAUGACGUCAUCGGUAGCAUGAUGCAGGUUAAUCCUGUAAUUGGGACAGCGACAGUGACGUCAGGAAAAGGAUCAUUGAGCGUCGGUGGCCUUGACCUUUCGGGUACUCGAUCGAUUGAAGGUCGAUCAUUCGUGGUCCGAGAUAACGGAAACAUCCGAAUAUGCGCAACAAUCGAGGCGGAUGCAGAGUAUAUCACCGCCUUUGCCCACCUCCCAGCCACACUUGGCGGUACCGUCGUCUUCCGGCAACAGCUUGCCUCCCCCAGAGCGGACACAUUCAUGUACCUAGACCUGUACUGGGUGUCCGAGAAUCGGCUGGCGACUGAGCUGAGUUGGGACAUCACUACUGGGCACGUGAGUAUGGAUAUCGAGGCGACCACGCCCCUUAACGCCCGUUGCGGAAGCAUCAUUGGAUCAAUGUACAACCCCGCCUCUUCUUCCGGAACAAGCUGCUCAGAUUCCAACCACUCUAGCUGUCCUGUCGGGGAUUUGACAUCAAAGCAUGGCGGUCUUCUGAUUAAUUCCACUUCCGGUUUGAAGGCGUUCUAUGGCGACCUCAACCUUCCGUUAAGUGGGGUGAAUUCAAUAAUAGGCAAAACUAUAGCCUUUCGGAAUGGAAACGCUAAUGUUGCCUGUGCGAAUAUUAUUCAAUACUCAGAAAUGAAAGCCGAAACAAAAUUUAGUGACAAGGGGGUAAGCGGCGCCAUCCGAUUCUCACAAAAGUCGCCAUUUGACAGUGCAAUUGUUGCAGUAGACCUUGCGAAUCUUAACCUCAGUGGCGGUGGGUAUCACGUACAUAACUGGCCCGUGCCGUUGCAGACUGUCGCCGGGGAGGGUCUUUGUGACGCCUCUGAUGUGAGCGGACAUUUCAACCCGUUCGAUGUUCAUACCGGCAGUGGAUAUCCGAAACCGGCAACGACAACAACUGACAUGUAUGAAGUCGGAGACUUCAGUGGAAAAUUCGGAGUCCUUAAUGAUAUGGCUACAUAUGUUAAGAACUUUACGGACCCAAAUUUGCAGCUUUUUGGUAAAAACACUAUAAUCGGGCGGAGUUUAGUCAUACACGCGGCGGGCGACGGAUCUAGAUGGAUUUGCUCAACAAUAUGGCCAACACAGGACAUCCCGAUGACAGUGGCUUAUUCUACAUUCACAUACCCAGUUAUCGGCAUGAUCGUCCUUCGCCAACCCAAGGACCAAUGGCACGCCUGUACUCAGAUUUAUAUGGAGUUGGACUACGGAACUGAGCGAGAAAGUGCAACCAUUAACCACAAUUGGCAUAUUCACGAGACGCCAUUGGGUGCUGAUUUCCUGUCACCAAAUGCUCGCUGCCAGUCAGCGGGUGGGCACUACAAUCCGUACAAAGUUGACCUAAAUGGGGACUACAUGACUCAUUGCAAUAAUGAAAACCACUUCCGUUGCGAGCUCGGUGACCUGUCAGGGAAGCACGGUAAAAUCAAUGUGCGUAGUUCGAGUGGAGGGAAAAUGAAAUAUUUCUUCUCUGACAUGCAACUUCCGCUUUCCGGGCCACAGUCGAUAAUUGGCAAGUCCAUCACCAUUCACGACGCCAACAGCGCCGGCGAAAGACUUUCUUGUGCGAACAUUUAUGAAAAGAAACGUCGUGUUGUGAAAAUCUCAAAAUGGAGCGCCGCUCUGGGUCAAGGCAGCCCGACCGGAACAAUCACUUUCUCACAAGACUCAUUACAGAUCCUGUCAGGACAAACGGAAGUGUCCGUCCAGUUAUCCAACCUUAUUUCUGACGUGGCCGCUUAUCACAUACAUGAAUUUCCGACGGACCCCUCGACACCACCGGAAGACGUUUGUCAAGCCGCAGACGUCGGUGGACACAUGAACCCAUUCGACGCCAAAUAUCCUUACACCGGCGCUGCACAGGGUACUCAGGACAUGUAUGAAAUAGGUGACUUAAGCGGAAAAUACAACAUGAUCUCCGGAACUUCAUAUUCCCGUGACGUCAUUGAUAAGACUCUUGCCCUUGACGGCCCAUAUAGCAUCGUUGGUCGCUCGGUCGUUAUACACAAGAGUGACGCAGGGGCUACGCGAUGGGCAUGCGGCACCAUUGUGGAUGCAACGGCCGGAAGUUCGAAAGUAGCUGCGCGCGCUGAGUUCACUGGGGAUAUUAGUGGAUAUGUGUAUAUGGAGCAGUACCACUACGACUCGGGCGAUAGAUCAUCUACAUUCAUCAUCGUGGAGCUGCGCUACCAGAACUCCACGGUCACCAUGGGUCACAACUGGCAUGUCCACCAGAAGCACGUGGCACGCACAGACGACGGUUGCAUGAGCUGCGGGCCCCACUAUAAUCCCUUCAUGGUGGAUAUGGGGACAGGCUACAGGGAGUGCAGUAUGUCCAAUCCCCUCCGGUGCGAGGUGGGCGACCAGAGCAGCAAGCUAGGUCGAUACGACGUCGGUGGCGGCAAAAGGGCGUAUACUGACGUUAACUUGAACGUGGAGGGAGCAUUUGCCGCGGCGAAGCGCUCUGUAGUCAUUCACGGAGCUAAUGGGGCAGAGGAGAGAAUCGCAUGUGCAGAUCUUGUCCCUUACGGAGACGGCGUGAUGUCGUACGAUUUAUCUUUUCCUGUUACAGAAUAUGAAAGAGAUGAGGCGGAGGCUACGUUCGCUUUGUCGCUCAAUACAGACGUGGAUAACGUGAUGGUCGCCAGGAAGACAGCCGACGUCUCGUGCGCCACGGUGACCGUAUAUUUCUUAGGCGAGGAUAAAGCGGCAUUAAAGCUUUUAUUCGUGGACUUGGUCCGCAGUAACGACCACAACCGGUUUGGAAAGUUCAAGCCAACCGUGGAAUGUCACACCAGUAAAGGAGGGGAGCCAGCAAAAGCCGUCAGGACGAACGUACGCCUCCCUGGCAGUUCUGUUCUUCUGCCUGAUUCUGACCAAGCUUCGCGGGCACCAGCGAUGAUGAUAUACCACACUACUACAGCGUUUAUUGUCCUAUCAUUUAUACAAAUCAUUGUAUUUCGUAACAACUUCUGAGUCUGUGCUUAAAAUGACAUUGUAUAUAAACCUCACGCCGCGCCUUCGUCCAUGGUAAAUCCAAUAUGCAAUGAAGCUGUUCAUAUGUAGCUGGCACGUGUACAGUUUAACCAGUCUGUAUUGUCGGGGCAUAGCUGUGUUUGGAAUUCAAUAUCCUUCGCCUUGUUUUAAGUAACUAUACAAUCUCAUUUUCAAAAAUCUGUCUGGAUUCUUACCCGGUCAUUCGACAAGUGUAUUGGAAUAUACAACCAUAUAUGACAAUCAUUAAACAAAAAGCAAGCAAUGUAGUCAAUGCCUUUGAUAGACCAUUGCAAAUAUCCAUUUGUUGUACAUCAAUAGUAUUAAUCAGUUCAUUUUUUCUAGCAUUUGAUAGAAUAACAGAGCUGUCAAAAUAUUGAAAUAAACAAUUGGUAUAAAGAAGUUUUGGAUCAACAUUGUGUAUUUGUGUGUAUCACCCUGCAAAAUACAGCCCCCUUCUAUGUGAAAAUGACCAUUUAUAUUACAUGUGUUUGUCUCUAUGUAUUUAUUCGUCCCUGAUUUGUGCCACUAAUAUUAUGUUAUCAUUCAUCUUAUAUUUGUUUUCUAAUGUUUUAUAUAAUAUUGCUUAUAUGUGCAUGUUCUUCCAUUCUGCAAGCACUAAUUAAUGUUUGUAUAAAAUCUGUUAAUUUAUAAUAAAUAAUUAUGAAAAAACGUU